UAUAAUCCGUUACAUCAUUACCUUAAUACAACCUUAAUUACUGUCCUUAAAACCUCCAAACUCAAUCCUCACAAUUCCCGAUACACUUUCACAAACCAUAGUUAAAUCUCCCUUAACCCACUGUUAUAUCUCAUCAACCUCCAUAUUACACCCACUCUCAUCUCUCUCGAUCUCUCUCACUUCACCAUUCCCAAUGUCUCUCCCAGCUCUCAUCUUUCUCCUCUCUCUCCUUACUUUCUCCCACGUUCUCUCCGCCACCAACAUCACCGACGUCCUCUCGUCCCACCCCGAAUACUCCCAAUUCAACACCUACCUCUCCCAAACCAAACUCGCCGACGAAAUCAACACCCGCCAAACCAUCACCGUCCUCGCCGUCACCAACGCCGCCUUAGCCCCCCUCGCAGGCAAGCCCCUCUCCGUCAUCAAAAACGUCCUCAGCCUCCACGUCAUCCUCGACUACUUCGACGCCAAAAAACUCCACGACAUCCCCGACGGCUCCACUCUCUCCACCACCUUAUACCAAACCACCGGAAAUGCACAAGAUAAAAUAGGCUUCGUCAACAUCACAGACCUCAAAGGCGGUAAAGUCGGGUUCGGGUCGGGCAUAUCCGGAUCCAAACUCGACUCAUCAUACACCAAAGAAAUCAAACAAGUCCCUUAUAAUUUCUCCGUCAUCGAGAUAUCCACGCCCAUCAUUGUCCCAUCAAUCUUAACCGCCCCGGCCCCAUCUGAUGCCAACAUAACCGGUUUACUCGAAAAAGCCGGCUGUAAGACAUUCGCCGGUUUAUUACUCAACACCGGCGUAUUAAAAGUUUAUCAAUCAGCUCUCACAAAAGGCUUAACAGUGUUUGCGCCCAACGAUGAGGCGUUUAAGAAGAAAGGAUUGCCUGAUUUGACCAAAUUGACCAAUGCUGAACUGGUUAGUUUGUUACAGUACCACGCAUUGCCGAGUUACAGUCCGAUUGGAUCGUUGAAGAGCUCGAAGGAUCCGAUAAGUACGCUGGCCACAAAUGGAGCUGGGAAGUACGAUUUGUCGGUGGUCACGGCGGGUGACUCAGUGAGUCUGAAAAAUGGACUCGGUGAAUCGAGGAUCGCGGCGACUGUGAUUGAUUCGACUCCGUUUGUUAUAUAUACGGUUGAUAAUGUGCUUGUGCCGAAGGAGUUGUUGAGUGUUUCGCCUUCCCCGGCGCCGACGCCCGGUCCGGCGGAGGCUCCAUCGCCGGCGGAUGAUAGUCCAGCGCCGAGUCCGAAUGCGGAUGCGCCGGCUCCGGUUUUGUCGCCGCCGGCACCUCCUACUGAGAGUCCUAAUGCGGGGCCGGCGGAUGCGCCGGGGAGUGAUUCGGCGGAUGAUAAAGCGGCGGCCGGGGAUUUUGCACCGGGAAAAGUUGGUGUGUUCGUUACAGUGUCAGUUUGUGUAAUUGUGGCGGCUUUGGUGUCCUAGAUGGUCAUUCCACUUUCGUGUCUAUUUACAUUCCAUCUUGUUUUAGUUUUUCUUUUAGUUUGUGUGUAUUUGAAUUUAUUUUGGGAUGGUCGAGUUAUAAUUGCUGCUUAUUGUGGGAGUAGGUGUGUGAUCCUCUGCUAUAUUAGCUGUCAAGAUAUUGGCUUUUUUUAGUAUUUUUAUUUUAUAUUUCAA